AUGGUGUAUGUACAACGAUUUCUGCGUAACUGCAAAGUAUCCGUGUCUGAAAGAACGUUUGGUAGUCCGUUAGUCGAAGAACUCGAAAAAGCAAAGAAAACUCUGAUUCGCCAAGAGCAAAUUAAAACAUUCACUUCGGAAUUUAGAGAGCUUAAACGUGGACGUCCUGUGCACAAUCAAAGUAAAUUAGUAUCUUUGACACCCUUCUUAGACGAAGAUGACAUAAUACGCGUUGGUGGUCGCAUUGGAAAGGCUGCUAUACCUUUUGUUACUCGGCAUCCGAUCGUAUUGGAUUCUAGUGGUGAUCUAACCAAACUAAUUGUCAUGGAUACCCACAACAAGCUUGGACACGCGGGAGUGGACAAUGUUCGAAACGAGCUUCGACAGCAGUUUUGGAUCCUUCGCUUUAAAGCCACGGUUAAGAAGAAUCUUCAUAGUUGUUGGUUGUGCAAACUACGCCGUACCGUGCCACGUCCACCGAGAAUGGCUGAUUUACCACGCGACCGGCUGUUGGUGAGUCCUCCCUUUACGAAAGUUGGCGUUGAUUACUUUGGCCCGCUACAGGUGAAAUAUGGAAGAAAGCAUUUAAAAAGGUUUGUGGCACGGAGAGGUAGUCCUCAAGUCAUCUAUUCGGAUAAUGGGACAAAUUUCGUGGGAGCCGAUUGGGAGCUCAAGGAGUGUAUUGAAAAUUGGAAUCAAAGUCAAAUCGCUAACGAACUUAGUCAAAAGGGAAUAAAAUGGGUGUUCAAUCUCCCAGCAUCACCACACAUGGGAGGAGCAUGGGAGAGACUAGUGCGUUCGUGUAAGACAACAUUCAAAGCAGUGUUAAAGAAACAAGUGUUGACCGAUGAAGUCCUGGCAACUACAAUGGCAGAAGUGGAAUCAUUAGUAAACAGUCGCCCUCUGACCGAAGUUAGCUCUGAUGUUGACGCAAUGGAAGCGAUUACGCCAAAUCAUUUCCUUUUAGGACGUCCUAGUAUAAACUUAUCGCCUGGU